GAAUAAGGAAAUACACUGGCGUUCUGUAAAAUAAUUUGGGAUUUCCUAUAUGAAAACAACUACGGAGUUUUUUGUUUCUCCUAAUCAACCUAGGAGACAAUUUAGUUUUAAUUAAACACCAAGCAAUCACCACCUCUAUAAAUAUCAUUCACUGCUCCUCAGAAUUUUGCAUAACAAAACUUAAUUCUCUUUUGCCUUUGAUUCUCCAGUCAAUUUUCCUCUUUAGUUUCAUUUCUGCUUCAAUGGCUUCCCAUUGCAGCAACCAUCCUUUGUUGAUCAUGGUAUUAUCCUGCUCUGGUCUUUUUGUUGAUCCUUUUUUUGUCUGGGGAAAGAUGAUGUACUUGGUCUUGGUCCGUUCCAAUCAAUUUUGCUCUUUAGUUUCGUCUUUGCUUCAAUGGCUUCCCAUUGCAGCAACCAUCGUUUGUUGAUCUUGGUAUUACUCUGCUGUGGUCUUCUUCUUGUUCGUUUUUCUUCUCUGGGGAAAGAUGAUGUACUACUUGGUCCGUUUAAUUCCAUAUAUAACUUGGGAGAUAUUGGUGACUAUUCAUCAGCGGCUGAUCAUAUUGCUGCAACUCUCAAUCUGCCUUCUCCACAACCCUACACCCAACAAGGCACUGAAUUCUUUGAGUCUGGUCUUAAUUUUGCCACCCCUGGAGCUACCAUUAUGAGCCCUUUUUUCUUCCUCAAAAAUGGUAUCAAACCACCUCCGCAGUCUCAUGAGCUAUCGCCGAUUAUCACCUUCAUGAAGUUCUUCUAUAGAAACUGCUUCUCUUUUCACGACUGUAGCAAAUUCAAGGUUCUUGAGAAAGCUCUCAUCUUUAUGGAUCAAACUGGAAUCAACGACUACAAACAGGCCUUCUUACAUGGAAAAUCUAUUUCUCAGGCGUCUCAUUUUGCGCCUGAAGUGGUAGAGACCAUUAAGAAUUCAGUGGAAAGACUCAUCAAUGAAGCUGAAGCCAAAACUAUUAUGGUUUCUGGAAUUCUACCCUUGGGCUGCUUUCCAGGUUUUCGGACUCUAUUUUCUGAGGAAGAUUCAAUGGACAAAAACAGAUGUCACAAGGGAUUGAAUCUGUUCUCGAAGCUUCACAACGAUCACCUUUCGCUAGUAAUUCUAAAGCUGCGCUUGAAAUACCCUGAAGUUCACAUCAUAUACGCAGAUUACUACAAAGCAUUCUUGGCUGUUCUUAAAAAUCACGCCUUUCUGGGAUUCAAGACAGAGACUUUAAUGAAGGCGUGUUGUGGCAGUGGCGAUGGUCCGUUCAACUUUGAUGUGAAGAAGAAGUGCGGAGAGGAAGGAGCUGCUACGUGUUUUGAUAGGGCUUCUUAUUUACAUUGGGAUGGAUUUCGACUAACCCCUGAGGCUUUGGAGAACCUGAUUGAUACGCUGUUCAGCAAAAAAGGAUUUGUAUUUCCAGCAUUCAAGUUUGAAGAAGAAACAGCAGCCAACAGUAACAAGACAUCAUUCCAGAAUUCAGAGAGGAGUUAGAAACAUGUCUUCAAUUGUUAGGCAUUUACUUUUCGUCUAAGCCAGUUUUCUAUGUUCAGUUCUGUCUUAUGGUUUUUUCACUAAUCUGUUUGAUUCAA